AUAGCUCUAACCUCUGACCCCAGGCUUCCGUCUUCCUCUUUUUCGGCCGCCAUAGUGGUGACAGGGCUGCAAGGGUCCACCAUGUCGUCCCACAAGACUUUCAAGAUUAAGAAAUUUCUUGCCAAGAAGCAAAAACAAAAUAGACCAAUUCCACAGUGGAUUAGAAUGAAAACUGGUAACAAGAUCAGGUACAAUUCCAAGAGAAGACACUGGAGAAGAACCAAGCUCGGCUUGUAAAAUUGUCGUGUGGAUGGCAGACCAAACACCCCCGUGUAUUCUCCUUGAACCUGAUCACCUUGUUAUAUAAUAUUGUCAUCAUUAUAUAGCAGCAUCUGCUGAUUCUAUUUGGAAAUAAAAUGUAAAACACUUUCAUUAA